UAGAAAUAAAUAAGAAAAUAAUUCAGAAACACAAUAAAAUGUCGGUAGACCUAGUGAAAACUCCGUCGAUGCACUUCCUUACGGGAAGCAACUUUGAGGGAUCCUGGAAUGAAGCGGUGCAUAUGAUGGAUGGAUUUGGAAGUUAUCGCUAUCCGGAUGGCAGCGAGUAUCGCGGCAGGUUCUUUGCGGGCAAGUUCCAUGGCUUUGGGCAGAUAAAGCUGUCACCACCAUAUCGCUUUACAAUCAAGGGCGUGUUCAACCGAGGGAAACUUGUCAGCAUUGAGGAUAUGUGGUUCAAUGAUGGACUGCAUGUGCAGGGCACCUUAAAGGACGACCAUCUUAUUUGUGACAACUGGGACUAUUUAAUGCCAAAUGAUCGUCGCUAUCAACCUGAGCGAUUCUAUGGGCUGCAGCCAGUGGGCCCAACAUCAUAUUUGACCAGCAAUUUAACAACACGUCCUGUGCCCGCGAACUGCUUUGAUGCUGAGGAGGGACUCUUUAAUGCCGAGACUGGUUGGUUGUUUGAAAGGCCGGCGCCUUUCUCCAAGACAGUCUACGUCAGCUGCCCAAAGCAAAAAAAGUGGAUAAAGCGUCACUGUCGAGCCGAGCGCAAGCAUUUUGUUGAAGAGCCGAUGCCCAGCUUUUGCAGAGAGAUCAUAAAAAACAAUCUGGAGACUGAGAAUAGCCAAUUGGGGGAAAUUACUAUUUAUGCACCCAACCAGAAGAUUUAUCGCGAACGCUACUAUCCCAAAUUGUGCAAAAAUGAGACACCAGCUAAUCAGCAGAAGCAGCCUCAGUUCAAACGAACCCCUUUUCAGACAACAACGGCCACCGAGCUGUGCCUGCGAGCGCACCAAGAAAAGGAAGAGCAACUUGAAAUGUUAUUGAGUCGCAGCCAUUGCAAUGAUGCCACGCCACCUUUUGAUAAAGCCCGCCAAUGGACGAGCAGCUCACAGGCCGUAGAUGGAGACUCUGGCGCCACGCAUACCAUAUCGAAUAGUUGCUCGGAGGCAUCACUGCAUACAAAGGUCAAGGAUCUUUACGAUUCUGCACGUGUGAUGAUCUAUAAGAAAAACAUCGGCAACUUAAGUGCGGUGCAAUCGAAUUUGAAACGCCCGACGAGCUUUAUGGACAUCACUCGUUCCAUAUUCGAACUAUAAAUAUUUAGAAAAUCGGUUAUGUGGGAAGUGAUGUGAAGUAGAAAGUGAAACAGUUCGAAGUGCAGUUAUUCUAAAUUCAAAUAUAAAAUUAAACUUAUGGACCAGACUAAAACACUUUCUCAAAUGUGUGUUAAGUAUCUCACAUUUAACUCCAAGACAUUUAUUUUUCAAUCUAGGGGAGUAUAUAGUCUUUAGCAGUGGAAAUUUGAAUGUUUUAGUGGCCCAUUCAGAUAAAUUGUAAAAAUAUUUAUGUUGACAUAUCGUUUACUUGGUGUUUAUCUAAUAAAUAUAUUUCGAGCAUAUUGCACCAACUUCAA